AUGAUGGUGCGUGCUCCGUUAAGAGACAUCAGAUCUGCCCAUGUCUUCUUCCCCAUAGAAAAACUGCAGUCGGCUCAAACCACCGAAAUCGCUUUCAGUUCCGUCAAGUCAGUGCAAGUCGACAGCAAAUGGCGCCUCCUGGACUCAGUUUCGAACCUAACAAAGGAUACGGUUCGCGAACUUGCCGUAAGACUCAAAAGCGCCGAUCCAUCAACUUUUGGUCUUCUAACAUGCCUCGGCGCUGUUCACGACGAGAAAAACAACGACUUCAGUCUUGUUUUCCGGAUACCAGACGGCCUGUCUGAACCGACGACCCUCCGGGCAAGGAUCAUGGCAUGUGAUACAGCUCAUUCUCUUUCAGAUCGUUUUCGACUAGCCACCCAAUUAGCACGAGCCGUCUCCUCAGUCCACACCUUCGACAUGGUCCACAAAAGCAUUCGGCCGGAAAACAUCAUCUUAUUUCGGGACCAAGAUUCCGCCUUGGGGUCGGCAUUUCUUCUGGGAUUUGAAAGAGUCCGUCGGCAAGCUGAUAGUACUCGACUUGGAGGGGAUACCGACUGGGAGAAGAAUAUUUACCGACAUCCUGAACGUCAGGGAUCAACUAUUCGAAGAAUGUUCCUACCCGACACCUUCCAGCCCGACAAGUGCUGCGCGGCCUGCCGGUCGAGAGCAUUGCUUGUCAAUCUGAGCGAGGAUGUCACCGCGAUCGACGAAGUCGUCAUCGUCUCGGAAUGGCACAGUGGAAGGGCGAGGGGCCUAGGGCGAGGUCAGAGUAAAGCCGCCGGCUAUCAGAAGAUCAAGUUCUGUGCUGAAAAGGCCAGCCUGGAUCAGUUGCAGUACUUCUGGAUCGACACCUGCUGCAUCGACAAAUGGAAUCUCCUUGAGCUCUCAAAAUCGAUCAACUCGAUGUUUCGUUGGUAUCAAAAUGCCACCAAAUGCUAUGUGUUCCUAUCCGAUGUUUCGGCGUCUACGGCAACGGAUGCAAAUCAACAAAGCACAUGGGAAACAUCGUUCCGAUCAAGCAAAUGGUUCACUCGAGGAUGGACACUUCAAGAGCUCAUUGCACUGCAGGCGGCAUCAUCUGGAGGUCACGAGAAGGUGGUGCAGAUGCUGCUGGACCGGGGUGCUGAGGUCAAUGCUCAAGGAGGAGAGUAUAGACUGACACCACUUUAUGAAGCCGCAUUGAAUGGCCAUCUUGCAGUUGUGAAGCUGCUACUUAAUCGAGGAGCCGACGUAUCAAUUGCAAGUGAACGCGGAUGGACACCACUUCAUGCAGCCGUAUAG